GGCGUCGGGGACCUCCCUGAUGGCUUUGAGCACCCCGCUCCGGCCGGCACCAUGGACAGCGAGGCUUUCCAGAGUGCACGUGACCUGCUGGACCUGAACUUCCAGUCUCUGGCCAUGAAGCACAUGGACCUCAAGCAGAUGGAGCUGGACACGGCGGCGGCCAAGGUGGACGAACUGACCAAGCAGCUGGAGUCGCUGUGGUCAGACUCGCCGGCGCCUCCGGGGUCGCAGCACACGGUCACCACUCGGUUCACCCGCUACAGCUCCAGCCCGGUCCCCGAACUCUUCCCAAGCCGCGGGUCCCCCAGGAAAGCGGCCGCCGACGGCGCAGACGCUACAUUUGGCCGCUCCGAGAGCGCCCCGGCUCUGCACCCCUACAGCCCGCUGUCUCCCAAGGGCCGGCCGUCCUCACCGCGCACCCCGCUCUACCUGCAGCCGGACGCCUACGGCAGCCUGGACCGCGCGCCCUCGCCCCGGCCCCGCGCCUACGACGGCGCGGGCAGCGCCCUGGGCCGCGCGCCCUCCCCGCGGCCCGGAGCCGGCCCGCUCCGCCAGCAGGGCCCCCCCACGCCCUUCGACUUCCUGGCGCGCGCGGUCCCCCGCGGCAGCCCCCUGGCCGAGGGCCCCCAGGCCUUCUUCCCCGAGCGCGGGCCCUCCCCGCGCCCGCCCGCGGCCUACGACGCGCCCGCGGCCUUCGGGCCCCUGAUGGGCGCGGGCGGCAGCGCCUUCGCGCCGCUGCGCGCUCAAGACGACCUCACGCUGCGCCGGCGGCCCCCCAAAGCCUGGAACGAGUCUGAUCUGGACGUGGCUUACGAGAAGAAGUCGUCGCAGGCGGCGAGCUAUGAACGCCUGGAUACCUUCACGCGGCCCGUCUCCCCGGGCUUGCAGCUGUUACCCUGGAGAGAGAGCAGCCUGGACGCGAUGGGGGCCAGCGGCAAGGACAACCUCACCAGCGCCACUCUGCCCCGAAAUUACAAGGUCUCCCCUCUGGCCAAUGACAGGCGUUCAGAUGUGGGCAGCUACCGCCGAUCUCUGGGCGCUCCGGGGCCAUCAGGCACUUUGCCCCGCAGCUGGCAGCCUGUCAGCCGCAUCCCCAUGCCUCCUUCCAGCCCCCAGCCCCGAGGUGCCCCCCGCCAGCGCCCCAUCCCCCUCAGCAUGAUUUUCAAGCUACAGAAUGCCUUCUGGGAGCAUGGCGGCAGCAGGGCUAUGUUCCCUGGAGCCCCUGGCUUCCCCCGAGCUCCCCCGCCCAAGCUGCCACCCCAGCCCCAAGCAACUCCCCAGCCCCAGUUGCCCCCCCAGCCCCAGCUACAGCCCCAGCCCCAGCCACCCCCACAGCCCCAGCCCCAGCAGCAACCACAACCCCAGCCUCCAGCCCAGCCUCCACCCCCGGCCCUAAUCCCCCAGACCCCCCAAAUGACAUGGCCCGCUGUGAGCGAAGGCGCCCCCAAGCCCAUCACUGAACUAGAGCCAGAGCCAGAGCUGGAGAGUCUGCUGACGCCGGUGCUGGAGGCUGGGGAUGCCGAUGAAGGUGCUGUGACUCGGCCUCUCAGCCCCACCCGGCUGCAGCCAGCGCUGCCUCCCGAGGCCCAGUCGGUGCCCGAGCUGGAGGAAGUGGCACGGGUGCUGGCAGAGAUCCCACGGCCCCUCAAACGCAGGGGCUCCAUGGAGCAGAGCCCGGCCGUAGCCCUGCCCCCCACCCACAAGAAGCAGUACCAGCAGAUCAUCAGCCGCCUCUUCCAUCGUCAUGGAGGGCCCGGGGGGCCUGAGCCUGAGCUGUCCGCCAUCACUGAGGGGUCCGAGGCCAGGGCAGGGCCCCCUGCUCCUGCCCCGCCAGCUCCCAUACCACCCCCGGCCCCACCCCAGAGCAGCCCGCCAGAGCAGCCACAGAGCAUGGAGAUGCGCUCGGUGCUGCGGAAGGCGGGCUCCCCGCGCAAAGCCCGCCGCGCGCGCCUCAACCCGCUGGUGCUGCUGCUGGACGCGGCGCUGACCGGGGAGCUGGACGUGGUGCAGCAGGCGGUGAAGGAGAUGAACGACCCGAGCCAGCCCAACGAGGAGGGCAUCACCGCCCUGCACAACGCCAUCUGCGGCGCCAACUACCCCAUCGUGGACUUCCUCAUCGCGGCCGGCGCCAACGUCAACUCCCCCGACAGCCACGGCUGGACCCCUCUGCACUGCGCGGCGUCGUGCAACGACACGGCCAUCUGCACCGCCCUGGUGCAGCACGGCGCGGCCAUCUUCGCCACCACCAUCAGCGACGGCGCCACCGCCAUCGAGAAGUGCGACCCCUACCGCGAGGGGUACAACGACUGCGCCACCUACCUGGCAGACGUGGAGCAGAGCAUGGGGCUGAUGCACGGCGGCGCGGUGUACGCGCUGUGGGACUACAGCGCCGAGUUCGGGGACGAGCUGUCCUUCCGCGAGGGCGAGUCGGUGACCGUGCUGCGGCGGGACGGGCCGGAGGAGACCGACUGGUGGUGGGCCGCGCUGCACGGCCAGGAGGGCUACGUGCCCCGCAACUACUUCGGGCUCUUCCCCAGGGUGAAGCCUCAGAGGAAUAAGGUGUAGCUGGAGAGAGGCCCGUCUCCAAGGGAGACAGGAGGAAGCAGCCCUGCCUUUGCUCCAGAUGUUCCAGCUACAGCUGCAUCCCCUGCACCCCAAGCCCUGCAGGGGCGCGGUCCUAGCCACCAGUUCUCUGGUCCCCUGGAAGCCAGGGUAGAAAGAGGACCCCAGCCUUAAGUUUAGAAAUCUGCCUUAGCUGUGGGGAGGUGUUAGUGGGGCUCGGUGUCAGGAGACACCCCCAUUUGCCAAAUCAGAUCCUGUCCAAAGUGCCUCGCACCUACUGGGAACCCUCUCCGGACCCCACCCCCACAAAGCAAGUCACCAGCAGCAUCCCAGCUGGGCCUCAGAUGGGUCACCUCCCCUGGAUUUCCCUGGAAGUCCCCUCUGCCCCCAUCUCUCCAGCAGCCUGGGGGCCAGGGGAGAGCCUUGGUCUCUCUAGGGUCCCUGACCCCCUCUCCAAUCAAGUGCCUUCACACGGGGCUGGUUUUAUAACGAAGUGAUUUUUCUUUAUAAAUAAAGGUAGUUUGCACAGGA